CAGUGUCCAUGAAAUGCGACCAAUCUUGACCUACCCCCACCACUGGAGUUGAGUCUCCUGGUCUCUAGUCUUUUUGGUGGAAACAUCUGAUCAUGGUGUAAAGAUACAAGGUGAAGCAAUCUGGUGGAUGCGCAGUGUCAACCAAUCGGAAGUGGCCCAAACUACCGAACUGACCAAUCAGAAAUUUGCCCCAACCAUCAAAUCAUUGCGGUUGAAUGCAAGAAGAACCAAUGAGCAAUUUGUCCCCAAAAAUUGAUUGCAUUGCGCAAUGUUUCACCUCGUAUCUUUAAACCAUGCAUCUGAUUAUAGGUUAGUGUCACAUGCCCGCCACAAUCUCGUUGUAAAGUUAAUUGUCGCCCUUAAACCCGUAAUCACGCUGGCAUUAUUUAAAAUUCUGUCUUUAGCACGAUCUCCGUGAAAUGGUUCGCGAUCCCGCGGACGAGACGCACAGGAAACCACGUCAACUCAGGAAUACGCCGCUUAACAAAUAUGUUCGACUCACAUCGCUCUUCAUAACCGUUUGGUACGCCGGAGUGAUGUACAUUUCCUGGAGAAGACAUUGCAACGAUCCCAAGGUGUUGGCUGAGUAUAAUAAACUGAAACAAGUCACCGAAGACGAGCGGUCUAUGCUACACGAUUAUGUUUCAUCUCCACUUUUGAGAGGCCCUAUCGAAAAGUUGUUGGAGAGACAGCGGGCUAAAGAAGCGGAGGCCGAGCUGAAGGAUACACAAGCUAAUGCUUAAACAUCAGAGCAUUUAAAGUACACCAAUUAUGGACGUUGAGGGGGACGGAUUCUGUAAGCCUGGUAGUACGGAGGGAAGGAAGUUGAGGUUAAGGCGAAAUGAUAAAGAAAGCAUAGAUAAUAAGGCUGCGCUCUUUGGCAAUCGCAAUAAUGAAAACAACAAGAAUGAUACCGCUUCUACGUCCCAAUCUCCGUGCGACGAUGACAGUAUAUUGAAUUUUAAAUCGCCAAAAAAAAUAUGUUCCGUGCAGUCGAAGGUUUCUUCUAAUAUACUUCGGGAUAAGGCCAAGAAGAAAGCACCGCACUGUAAACCUAAAAUUAUUAACAAUGAAAGGAAGUCCAAAAGCAAAAACUCAUUACAAAAUAAAAAGAUUCCUCGCGGGGUACAACAACCGUUGAUUGAAUCGUCUUUUUUCAAAUCUGAAAAGAAGGAAGUAGAAUCGCCGCAGAGCUCAACUGACGUGAAAACGGCUUACGUAUGCCCACUGUGUUUAAAAAGUUUUAAAGAUGAAAACUCGCAAACUGUACAUACGAAAAGUUGUGCUACGAAAAAUAAUGUGUCCACAAAGAAGUUGAUGGAUGCUGUGCAGCUGCAAGAACGGCAAGCCUCGGAAAGGAAGUUGUUGGGGCUACUCUCUGCUCCUUUGUUACAAGACAAGAAGCCUGCUGCACGUAAACCGGGAUCAUGCAAUGAUCCUGACCUCCAGCUUGCCUUAGCACUUUCCAAGUCUCUGUAUGAAAAGGAAGAGGUAGAAGAAUGGGAUGAAGCACAGAUCAUGGCAAUGUCCUCUAAUUCGUCCGUGCCAGAUAAUAACGUAGAAUGUCCUCAGAAAGCAACGUUGCAAAGUUUCGGGUUUAGUAGAAACACGUUACCAACAGAUAAUUUGCCUACCAAGAAAACUAAGAAAAGAAAGCUCACUGAACCAACUAUUUUGCAAAGACGCACGGCUGUAGAAAGGGAACGUAUUUUAACAGAGAGAAUAGCUGAGAUACUUAUGGGAUGUGAGGAUUUUACUCAAAGAUCCCAAGAAAAAACAGAAGAAUCGAAUAAGGAGAAACUUGUUCUAAAGAGUAAAUUACUUCAACAAUUACAUAAAAUUGAGAAUACAUUGUGGGAUAGGACAAAACUAAUUCUAAUUCAAGAUAUAUUUUAUGUAAAUCACUUGUCGCUUCAAAUACCGCCAAUAGAAAAGAAAGAACAGAACUUAGAUGAAGAGCAGAAUCUUAUGAAACGUAUGGAAAUGGACGGAAGAAGUAUAAAGAACGAUAGAUCUUUGGAUAAUGAACAAAUGCAGGAAAUGGAGGAAAUACAAACUGUGGAAAUGAAGGACAAUGAUGAAGCAUUGACGAUCCCUCCAAAUACAGUCAAUAUGUGUUGCAAGGAAAAGAAAUUUCUUGACAAUCUAGUAAUCAGUUGGAGAAACAUACUUAACGACAGUUCUGCAAGUGACAUUAUUGUGUUCGUGAAAAACGGCAGAUAUAUAUGGACGCAUAAAUUAGUUUUCUAUACGCGUUGCACAAAUAUUUUACUUGAUGUAGUUUCCAAUGAUACAGAAUUCUCUACUGCCAAAGAAAAGAUUUGCUGGCACGACACGGACUAUGAUGUUGCCUUAGCUUUUUUAGAAUUUGUUUAUUGUGGGAUAAUCGAUAGAUAUUCAAAGAUACUUGAUUCCGAGACAUCUUUAUCUGGUGUUCGAGUUUUAGGAAGAAAGUACAAAGUACAUGAUUUAUUUACUUAUUUGCGUCAAAAGGAAUGUAAACCUAAUGUAGCAGAAGUUAAACAUGAUUAUACUUGUGAAAAAGAUACAGAAAUUGGACAUCUAAAUGUAGAAAGGACUUUAAAUAUUCCGAACUUGGGUAAAUCUCCUAACGGAUCACCUAAUCGUACACAUGAUAUUGUGGGAAACAUUCAGUGCCCUCGAGAAACGCUAUUACAGGCGGAUGUCAAGGAUGAUUCUCUUGAAAAUGAUUAUACACUUGCAAAGAACUUGUGUCUGUUGCAAGACGAAAAAUCUGCUUUAAUGUCAGAUGAAAUAAAUUCCAGAAGUAAUACACCCACAAGAUCGGAAGCUAGUGCAUCUCCCGAUUUGUUUGAUGACACGCCUGUAACGAUACAUAGCGAUAAAUCCACAGUACAAUCUAAAGACCUCGACGAUUCUAAUAUUCACAUAUUACUGAAUUUGAUUAAACAAGAUGCGGACAAUGACAUCUGUAGUCAAAAAUCAUUGAAAACUCAGGACGCCGAAUAUUCGAAGUUCGACAAAGACGUACCUUCCUGUUCGAAAAAUGUAAUGGAAAUUGAUGCAGAAUCCGAAUCAAAUUCCUUGAAAUUUUCUACCGACGAUUUGUAUAAAGAUUCUUUAGUCGAUACUCCUCAAAGUAAAUCGAAAUAUAUCCAAGAUCGUUCUUCAGAAAUAAUAAAACAAAAAAGUAAUCUCACAUUAUUCAUCGAAAAAGUCCAGAAGGAAAACGCGAAAUUGGACACGGUACUAAAUUCGAACGUGGAAUGUCUUGCACAAACGUCUUCCAUAAGGCAGAUAAAUCCAUUUCAUGUAGAUAAACAUGAUGGUUUUGAUCGGCUACCUUACGACAAUGUUAAACAGUCAGUUGAUACAAAGGAAAGACCCGGUAGAUUAACUAUGAUAGAGCAGCAUAUGCGGUCAUUCGCUGAUAAAAAUCCAGAAUUUUAUUCCCGUCUUUCUAAUGAACAAGUAAGAGGUGUUAAGCAGACUAAUAGUUCGCCUACACAUUCUCUGUCUUCUAAGGAGAUAGUAAAAUCUUCCUAUAAUAAUGUAUUGAACGGUACACAAAGUUUUACUUCACCAGAUAAGAAACAUAUGAGCAUUAUGAAACAAGACACAACUGUGCCAGCAGAAUGUUCACAACACUCUGAAACAAUGAAGCAAUCGCUUAGCGAAACCUUUCUUGACAUGGAAACGAAUGAGGGAGAAAUUUCUAUGUAUUCUAAAUACAUGAGGGAUCACAAAGACAACAGCAUAGCAAAGUAUCGUUCAGCAAUCAGUAGAAAUAAAUCGGACAGUAAUCUGUAUCAUAAAAGUACGUCUUCUGAUUCGAUCAAUAAAGAUAAUAACAUUAGUGAGGAUGAGAAAGAUAAAAUUUUGGCUCAAAGUGUUUUGACACAAAAGGAUGCGGAUAUAAUUCUUUCGUCAGACACAGAUGUGGAAAGCAUAUCUUCCAAUGUUAGCCACAUUGUUUCAGAGAACGAUGACUCCGACCAUGAGGAUACCAUGUCUCAUUCUUUAAAACAGUCUAGAAAAAGGACAGAAGAUAGCAAAGUGGAUGUAGAAAAUGAAAACAGCAAUCGCUUGCUCGAAGUUGAGAAAUUUUCAAAAGCAAUGACAAAGGAAGGAAAGAAUAUUAAUAGUCCAACUAAAUCAAAUCAAGAUAAGUUAAAUACCACGGAGAUAACGUCUAUGACACAAAAAUCUGGAUUAAAUGAUGAUGAGAAACAGGAAUCUGUUCCAAGUCCGAUUAUGGUAUCCUCUAGCCCAGACUUUUCAAAGGAUGAAAGCUGCAGUCCGGUUUUAAAUAUGGGAAGCUCAUCUCAAAAUGAACACUGUACCGAAGAUGUAUCAGAAACAACUACUCACCAAUUAAGAAAAUCGGUUGAUGUUUCUUUUAAUUUUGAAGAUGAUAUAUAUCUUGCAAACGUCGAUAUUGAUAAAUACGAGAAACCACAUGUUUUGGAGAAGAGUCUAUCAUUUAACACGUUAAGUACGGCAGAAUUAAAAAAUAGUAAUGCACGCAAUACUAAAAACAAAAAUCGUGAAAGCAUCAAAGGUAAAGAUGUAGCAGCGGAUUAUCGUGGAAACUUAGAUAACAAUGUUACAGUUUUGACUCAAAAUUUUACAAGCAUUAAGAAAUUUCAAAGAAAAUCUUUGUCGGAGGGGCAGAUUAAUACAAAUAGGUUAAGUAAUCAGGGGGCUACAUCUACAAGUGUAGCCUUGCAAUUUCAAUGCAAUUACGUUCAUAACAUUGGCAAUGCACAAACGCCUAAAGUAACUGAUAAAGAUGUUACACCUCCGCCUGAUUACAACAAUAUGGGCACUCCUGAAUUACACAGAGAAAUGAAGAAAUAUGGACUAAAGGUACAAAAGCGUAACAGAGCUGUGAAACUGUUAACGCAUAUUUAUAACGAACUCCAUCCUUUAGUGCCUGAGAAAAUGGUAGGACAGCAAAUUACUGAAAUUUCGAGUGAUGAAGACGAGGGUCCACCAACGAAAAAACGAAACGUGAAUGAUAACAGUUUGGAAAAAUCGAGUGAUGCCGAAGACAGUGAUAAUGAAUUGCCUUGUUCUCAAGAUAGCAACGAUAGUGUAAGUUCUGCAAAAGAAACAAUUAACAAAGAAAUGCAGUUUUACGAAACUGCGUCAUCUGCAACACUGGAGAAUUCUCCAGGUUCCCCUCAUUCAUCGGACAUCACAGAAGCCUUUAUGAGAUUAAUCAAUAUUGAUAAAGAUUUACAUAAUAAAAUAUUACAGUACGAACCUGUGGAUAUUGAACAGUUGCGUUCUACGUUAAAAACACAUGGGUUUAAAUGUAAGCUCUCUAAUCUUAUGAGCUUUCUAGAUCAACAGUGUAUUACAUUUUAUACCUCGGAACAGAGCGCUAAGGGCAGGACUCGCAGGAAAACAUAGUUCUACAAAAAUGAAAUAUAUCUGAGAACACCUAGAUUUAUAAGUUCUUUACAAUUUGUAAUAAAAUAUAUAGACAUACAUGAAUAUCUGUAAUUAAACAUUAACACAAUGGAUGAUAUAUUUGGGACGGAAAAAUUUUAAUUAACGUGAUUCAGAACGUAUGUUCAAUAAUAAAAUGUUAUUUGUACAGA